UUAACUCGCUGCAGCAGGAGCAAGCAGCAGUAAUAGUAGUGGGUGGUGGGUGGACCCUCUGAAAAGAUCUCUGGCUUUAUCCGACUCUGAAGUUUCGCCAUUUAUCCGAAGCUCGAAGAUUUUAGAUUUACACUACCAACCCUGAAAACCCAUUUCACCAUUCCAGAGAUAUGAAAGUUGAAACAUAAAGAAACUAGUCGAGGAGGACCACAACAAGGUUGAUUUGUUUCUGGCAAGAGUAGAAGAUCACCAGAUAUGAAAUUCAACAAUUCAAGAGCCAGGAUACAGUUUUACAUGUGUUCAUUCUUCAUAAAGCUACUGGGGGAAAGAGUCUGAUGUGUAAGAAUGAAAAUUUUCAAGAUAGCUUUACCUUUGUUCCGGAUGAAGAAAUGGUCUGGUGGCAUGGUGAUUAUAGCUCUUGCUGUAAUCUUGGUUUUUAGUUAUAGCCUACUGAGAACCCAGCCACAGAAAAAACAGUCAGCUUAUGAUUUUUUCAGAAAUCAUCCAGCUAAUGAUUCUCAUGUGACGGACACCUCUCGCAUUAGACCUCCUCAAGUGGAAGUAGGAAAAGCAACAAAAUUAUCAAAAAAACUACAUUUUAUAAAUUUUGAAGGACUUAAUGACCUGUAUGCCCCAAACAGUAUUUCCAAGGAAGAGUCAAAGGCCUUGCUGGUAUGGAGUCAGAUGCGUUUGCUAUUGUCCAGGUCUGAUGCUUUGCCUGAAACAGCUCAAGGGAUCAAAGAGGCUUCAAUAGCAUGGAAGGAUUGAUCGUCCAUAAUUGAGGAAGAGAAAGCUGCCAAGUCUCGCAUCAUUGACAAACAGGAAGAUAAAAACUGUCCUUACUCUAUAAAUGCUAUUGAUAUAAUGACAUCAAGCAAUGGAACAGUUUUUGAUAUACCUUGCGGUCUUGUUGAAGAUUCCUCCAUUACAAUAGUUGGCAUUCCUAAUGGGCACAAUGGAAGCUUUCAAGUUGAACUUGAAGGCUCCCAGCUUCGAGGAGAGCAAAACCAUCCUAUUAUCUUGCAUUACAGAGUAAGCCUACCUGGAGACAAUAUGACAGACGAGCCUUUUAUUGUUCAGAAUACAUGGAGUAAUGAACAUGGUUGGGGCAAAGAGGAGAAAUGUCCUGCUCAUGGAUCUGCUAACAACCCAAAGCCAAAAGUUGAUGGACUUGUUCUUUGCAAUGAACAAAUUGUCAGAAGCACGGUGGAAGAGACUCUAAAUGCAAGUCAUCCUGGUAGAGACAUUUUAGCUAAUGUUUCCCAAGGAAGCGCUUAUGCAAGUGCUAAUUUCCCAUUCUCUAAGGGGAAUCCUUUCACUGCUACAUUUUGGGUUGGUUCAGAGGGAUUCCAUAUGACUGUGAAUGGAAGGCACGAAACAUCUUUUGCAUAUAGGGAGAAACUUGAACCAUGGGCAGUGAGUGGAGUCAAAGUAGACGGUGGUUUUGAUAUGUUAUCUGUCUUAGCCAAAGGGUUGCCUGUUUCUGAAGAUCAUGAUUUAGUCGUUGAUGUUGAGCUCCUCAAAGCCCCAGUGACAAAAAAGAAAAGACUAGCAAUGUUGGUUGGGGUUUUUUCCACUGGAAAUAAUUUUGAGCGCCGAAUGGCACUGAGAAGGUCUUGGAUGCAGUAUGAGGCUGUACAUUCAGGGGAUGUAGCUGUCCGAUUUUUCAUUGGUCUUCACAAGAACAGUCAAGUCAAUUUUGAGCUGUGGAAAGAAGCUCAAGCAUAUGGAGAUGUGCAAUUGAUGCCUUUUGUUGAUUAUUAUAGUCUGAUUAGUUUGAAAACAAUUGGAAUUUGUAUUAUGGGGACCAAAAUUCUCCCUGCUAAAUAUAUCAUGAAAACAGAUGAUGAUGCUUUUGUUAGGAUUGAUGAAGUUCUUACUAGUCUCAAGGGAAAAGCAUCUAAUGGCCUGUUAUAUGGUCUUAUGUCCUUCGACUCAUCACCACAUAGGGAAAAGGACAGCAAAUGGUAUAUCAGUAAUGAGGAGUGGCCCCAUUCUUCGUAUCCACCAUGGGCACAUGGCCCAGGAUAUAUUGUCUCUCGAAAUGUUGCAAAGUUCAUUGCUCAGGGCCACCAAGAAAGAGAUCUCAAGUUAUUUAAACUGGAAGAUGUCGCAAUGGGAAUAUGGAUUGAACAGUUCAAGAAGAGCGGUCAAGAAGUGCAUUACAUAAGUGACGAGAGGUUUCACAAUACUGGAUGUGAAUCAAAUUAUAUUCUUGCUCAUUACCAAAGCCCAAGGUUGGUAUUAUGUCUUUGGGAGAAGUUGCAGAAAGAGCAUCAGCCUAAUUGCUGCGAGUAAUCACGUGAAAAUAGCUGAACGUUCAAGAGUGAUUUUCUUCUUAGGCCAAGCUAGAAUUAAAAGCUCUACUAAGGAUUCUGUGUUGGGGUCACAGCUUUUUAGGAUUGGCUCUAGUGUGUUUGGUGUCGUCAUAUCUGUUUGUUGACAUUAAUCACACUCAUAUGACGGAUGAAAUGAUUGAUUAGCAAAUGUUGAGGAUCUUCUUGUUGGUGUAAGUUACUAAGUUAAUAUAAAUUCUUUUCUAUUCUUUAAA